AUGUCUGCCAAAGCCGAGAAAAAGCCAGCCUCCAAGGCCCCAGCUGAGAAGAAGCCAGCUGCUAAGAAGACCGCUUCCUCCGUCGACGCCAGCAAGAAGAGAACCAAGGUCAGAAAGGAGACUUACUCCUCUUACAUCUACAAGGUGCUGAAACAAACUCACCCAGACACCGGUAUCUCACAAAAGUCUAUGUCGAUUCUGAACUCGUUCGUCAACGACAUUUUCGAGAGAAUCGCCUCUGAGGCCUCCAAGCUAGCGGCUUACAACAAGAAGUCUACCAUCUCCGCCAGAGAGAUCCAGACCGCUGUCAGACUGAUCCUGCCUGGUGAAUUGGCCAAGCACGCUGUGUCCGAAGGUACCAGAGCCGUGACCAAGUACUCGUCCUCCACCCAGGCUUAA